CUAUGCACCAGGGCAGAACAAGUUAAGACACAGAAUGAAGGGAGGAGUAAAAAUAGAAGAGUUAGGGGUUCCCAUGUCAGUACCACAGGCUUGAGUUUGAGAAAAGGAGAAACUUUAAGUCAGACUUAACACCAGCCUUGAUAGAUGAGCUGACUCAUAACAGCUGCAUUUUUUUUAAAUAGUAAUCAGUGAUACAAUUCUCUAAAAGUUGCACGGGUGCUGUACGACUUUCCACAGAGCCACUGCAACUGCCUUGUCACAUUGUGACUUGUACAGGUUUUAAGUGAAAGAAUGCUGGCACACCUGCUGUCAUUCAGCCGCUCUCUGGUGAGAAGGAAAAAUGUGGACUGUCUGGAGGAUUCCAAACUCUGUCGCUGCCUCUCCACAGUGGACCUGAUCGCUCUGGGUGUUGGCAGCACACUGGGCGCUGGGGUCUAUGUUCUUGCUGGAGAAGUUGCCAAAGGCAACUCCGGCCCAAGCAUUGUAGUAUCUUUUCUCAUAGCUGCUCUGGCCUCUGUCAUGGCAGGCUUGUGUUAUGCUGAGUUUGGCGCUCGAGUGCCCAAGACAGGUUCUGCAUAUCUGUAUAGCUAUGUGACUGUUGGAGAAUUCUUGGCCUUUAUCACAGGAUGGAACCUGAUUCUCUCAUAUGUCAUAGGUACGUCAAGUGUUGCCAGAGCUUGGAGUGGAACUUUUGAUGAACUAAUAGGGGGCCAUAUAGAUCAGUUCUGCAAAAUACACUUCAGAAUGAGCAUGCCUGGCCUGGCAGAGUAUCCUGACUUCUUCGCAGUUUGCCUUAUAUUACUGCUAUCAGGUCUUCUCUCCUUUGGGGUUAAAGAGUCAGCAUGGGUCAACAAAGUCUUUACCGCAAUCAACGUGCUUGUGCUUAUGUUCGUCAUUGUCUCUGGCUUCGUCAAAGGAGAUUCCUUGAACUGGAAGAUAUCAGAAGAAUAUCUUGUCAAUGUGACUAUUGUGACAAGAAAUCUAUCCUACACUGAUAAUAUUACCAGCGAUUACGGUGCAGGUGGGUUUUUGCCUUAUGGUUUUGGAGGGACCUUGGCUGGUGCAGCCACAUGCUUCUAUGCCUUUGUUGGAUUCGACUGCAUUGCUACAACAGGAGAGGAGGUGAAGAAUCCUCAGAGGGCUAUUCCCAUUGGUAUAGUUGCUUCCCUGCUGAUUUGCUUUUUGGCGUACUUUGGUGUGUCUGCUGCUCUUACCCUCAUGAUGCCGUACUAUCUUCUGGAUGAGAAGAGUCCCCUGCCUGUGGCCUUUGACUAUGUUGGAUGGGGUCCUGCUAAAUAUGUGGUUGCAGUAGGAUCACUGUGUGCACUAUCAACCAGUCUGCUGGGCUCCAUAUUCCCAAUGCCACGUGUAAUCUAUGCUAUGGCAGAGGAUGGGGUGCUUUUCAAAGUAUUAGCCCGAAUCAAUCCUAAGACGAAGACCCCACUUAUUGCCACAAUGGCCUCCGGUAUAGUUGCAGCUAUCAUGGCCUGCCUUUUUGACCUAAAAGCCUUAGUGGACAUGAUGUCCAUUGGCACUCUCCUGGCAUAUUCUUUGGUUGCAGCUUGUGUUCUUAUUCUCAGGUAUCGUCCUGACUCUGUGCUUGAGAGCUCUAAAACCAAUGAGGUUGGGGAAUCUGAGCUGACGGAGUCUGAGUCCCAUCUUAAUAGGCUGAAAGAUGGAGAAAUGUCUCUGCAUACUCUCUUUAAUCCUUCCCUUCAGCCCACAAAGAGCUCAUCCAAUGCUGUUAACAUGGCUGUUGGAGUCAUAGCUAUCGUAGUGUGUGUCAUGAGUGCACUUACUACACAUUGUGGACAAUCCAUUCUUGCUUUGGAGCCCUGGGUCUUGGGAGUGCUGGCAGCAUCCUUUCUCAUCUUUUUUAUGUGUGUUGUUUUGGUCUGUAGACAACCACAAACAAGCAAAAAGGUGUCUUUCAUGGUUCCCUUGCUACCCUUUCUGCCCAUUCUGAGCAUAUUUGUCAAUGUUUACCUCAUGGUGCAGCUUAGUGGAGACACGUGGAUCCGUUUUUCAGUUUGGAUGGCUAUAGGUUUCCUAAUUUAUUUCGGUUAUGGGAUGUGGCACAGCAGUGAACAUCAGAGGCAGCGGCAGAACACUGAAAACGCGCAAGAGAAACAGAGGAUGUUUGCAAAGGAGGGUGCUGUAGACAAAUACAUCCAAUCAGAGAAAACCAGUCAGCUUUAGAGAAUGUAUUGCUGUUAAAGCUGAUUUUGUAACAAGCCCUUGUGCUUUACCAAAUGAGAGACCAGCUCAGCUCUGAGCCCAGUAUCAGAUGUGGGUUGACAUUGCUUUCUUUAUUAAGGUGUUUUUAAUUUAAUGAAAUAUAAACCUUAUCACAUAUAAAACCUUAUCACAUAAGUAUGUGAGUAAGAAAUGUCUUAACUCUGCAAUGAGGACUGAACUUUACACGUUAACCUACUAAAUGUUAACAUUACAACUUUAAUAGCCAUUACACCUUUAAAAGGCAUUUCAGAUGCAUAUAGAAAUAGCUAGAGUAACAUUAGCUACCAGAGUGGCUAUUGUUGGGUAGUGUACGUUUUUUUAUUAUUAUUAUAAUUUAACAUAAGCGUAAGUACAAAUAUAAAAACUAGGGGUUUUUUUGUAUGUUUGCUUGUUUCAUUUUUUUUUGUAGCCAUGAUCAGUAUUCUCAAUAUUUGACUGCAUAUAGAUUUUUUGCAAUUAAUUUAUAUUGCUGUGUUUAGACCUUUGUUUAAGAUAAAAAAUUAAAUGAAAAGUUUUACUUUUAAUUAAUAAAACAUAUAAUAGGGUUAUAGUAUUUUUAUUUUAUGUUGUUUUAAGAUAUUUCACAGACUUUUUUUGCAAAUGGAGCUCUCAUAAUAUUCAGAGAUUGCUGGUAUAAAUGAGCUAGAGGGUUUCUACUGCUAGUACUUCUGAUUUUCAAAUAUAAAAACUAUACUUUAAUUUUUGGGGUUUGCAUUGGAUUAUUUACUUAAGGUGAAAAAAUUAAGGUUGAAAUUAUUUGGAUUUUUCUGUAGAAACAUAACUAUUAAUGUUCCUAGGAAAAUUACACAGAAUUGUGUACAGAAGUAACACUGGGGCUGAUUCUUUCUAAUUCAGAGAGUAGAUAUGUCAGCAUGUCAGUGACAGGUGAUAAAACAGGAACUAGUGUAAUGAAUGGAAACAAUUACAUCCUGGAUUAUUUACAUACUUUUGCCCUAAAUUCCUAUGGAAGUGAAACUAAAAUUAGAUGUACAGUGUAACUAAAGUGUGAAUUUCACAAUAGGACAGACCUUUAGCUUUUAUAUACCUUUUGAUUGAAAGGGUUAUAACCCUUCUGUUUACCAUGUUACCAAGUACAUGACAUAUUAUGUGUAACCACCAGCCUCCACAGAUCUUAAUAAUGUUUUAUUAUAUUUUAAAUUUCUUAUGGUUACAUUCCUUCUGUAAUUGUUUUGCAUACUUAAUUAUUUAGCAAUUUUUUAUUUUGCUAUGAUCUUGCUUUUUAUCUUGCUAUGUAACAAAUUAAAAGAGUUUUGUACAUUCUGUAAUUUAAUGUACUAUUAGUAGCUUUUUUUUGUGAGUGUAGAUUUAUUUAAACACAUUUGUAAGUAACAUAAAAAUACAAUGUAACUUAGCUAUGUGAAUCAACAGUGGGAUGUUGUGUGGAUAUUUAGAUGAUAGUCAUGUAAUACAAUUUCAGCAAACGUUUGAUGCCUGAUUGUUUGUAUAACUUUGAUGACAUAUUUUUUAAGUAUAAAUAUCAAAGCUGAUAUAUUUGUAUGUCAGAAUUUAGAUUAGAUCUAUAUUGUUGGUUAUACACAAAUUGUGAUUGUUCUUACAGUGUCAUAGAUUUGCUAGAUUUCAUAAAAUCUCAGACUUUACAGCAACCUUUACAAAGCCCACCGAUGUGACUGAUUUAUUUUAUAGAAUAAAUAACAAUAAUGUGUAGAAUAACUCUUA